AAAAGAUACAAUACUCCAAUUCCAUUAUAAAAUCGUGCUCACUAAAACAGUUUGUACUUUCAAAAAUAAUAAUUAAAAAUUCAGAAUCCUAGUUGGUAAUUUGAAAAUUUAAAAUGUGUUCGAAAAUUAAUGUCAUACUGUUUUUCUGCGUAACGUUAUACUUUUUGCAAUGUCAGGGCGAUGUUGCGACUCCUAAACAACGUGAUCGUAUUUAUGAAAUAGUAAGGGACUAUUUAACGCGAGAAUCGACCAUUGACUUGGAAGAAGUAAGAGGUAUCAUUGCGAAAGCAGCAGAGAAACUAAAAAUAAAUAAAGACAUUCCUAGUGUUGAUGACUUGAAAACGUCAGGGUCGAACUAUACAUACGAUAUUAAGGAUGUUUCGAGCUAUAUCAAAAGUUACUUCGGACCAAGGUUACCUUCGGGAAUAUUGGCUACGGCAGCACUACUGUUCGGACAGAGAAAAAAGACAGAUUUUAAUUAUCAAGAAGUCAUAAGUUUUCAACAAUUAAAAGAAGUUAUUAAUGCAAUACAGGAGAAUAAUGCGAAUCCGGAAAUCAAAUUUGAUUACAAUAAAGUACCGAAAACGGCAAUACCGUACAAAAUGGAAAACUCAAAUUUCAAGUUUAUUAAGAAGGAAGUUGAAUUAAUCGUCGAGAAGAGUUUAUUUGAUGGAAAAAAAUUUGUUGGACCACUUUUUAAUAGACCUUGAUUUGAUGAAAAACCUAUUUAUGAAGAC